UUUAAAGAAGAAAAAAAAUAAAGAAAGAGGAAUAGAGAGAAAGGGGUUUACGCAAUGAGUAGGAUGAGUACGUCGGAGGGACGGCGGCGGCGAGGGAAGAGAGAUUCGCGGGGCGGAGGAAGGCGGGGGCGAUAUGCCGGCGAUCAGAAAGUUGCAUUCCACCGCCUGUUUUCGUUCGCCGACCGCCUGGAUAUGGCGUUGAUGUUCGUGGGAACGGUGGGCGCCGUCGUGUACGGCGUCACUCAGCCGCUCACGACCGUCAUAUUCGGCAAGCUUAUCAAUUCUUUCGGCACCGUCGCCUCGCCCCAUGUCGUUCCCGUCAUCUUUCAGCUAUCCAUCAAGUAUGUGUACCUUGCUAUUGGCUCUGGCAUUGCUGCAUUUCUACAAAUGUCAUGUUGGAUGGUCACCGGAGAAAGGCAAGCCGCGAGAAUCAGAGCGUUGUACCUCAAAGCAAUACUGAGGCAAGACGUUGCCUUCUUCGACAACCAAACGAACGUUGGAGAAGUGAUUGGUCGCAUGUCGGGCGAUACCAUUCUUAUUCAAGAAGCCAUGGGCGAUAAGGUUGGGAAAUUCAUCCAAUAUAUUUCAACAUUCAUCGGAGGCUUCGUCAUUGCUUUCGUGAGAGGAUGGCAUCUUGCAUUGGUCUUGUGCGGGUGCGUUCCGGUCAUUGCCCUUUCUGCCGCGGCCAUGGCAUUGAUCAUGUCUACCAUGUCAAGCCGAGGACAACAAGCUUAUGCCAAAGCCGGGAACGUGGUGGAACAGACCAUUGGAGGAAUUAGAACGGUAGCCUCGUUCAACGGAGAGAAGCGGGCGACGAACAAGUACGACAGGGAGCUGGAUGUGGCUUACAAGUGCACAGCACAGCAAGGGCUGGCUUCUGGAUUGGGACUUGGCAUUAUAUUGCUAGUGGUCUUCAGCACUUAUGCAUUGGCUGUUUGGUAUGGAGCCAAGUUGAUUAUGCACAAUGGGUACAAAGGAGGAGAUGUUGUCAAUGUCAUGAUAGCCAUCAUGAUGGGAGGAAUGUCACUAGGCCAGACGUUGCCGUCCGUUAAUGCGUUCGCAUCGGGGAGAGCGGCGGCGUACAAAAUGUUCGAAACGAUAGAGCGGGAGCCCUCGAUAGAUGCGUCCAACACGACAGGUGUCACGUUGGAAGACGUGCGGGGCGAGAUCGAGCUAAAAAACGUGUAUUUCAGGUACCCGGCGAGGCCGGACGUGGCGAUUUUCUCGGGGUUCUCGUUCCGCGUCCCGAGCGGGAAAAGCGCGGCAUUGGUCGGGCAAAGCGGGAGCGGCAAGUCGACAGUCAUCAGUCUUCUGGAGAGAUUUUACGACCCCGAAGCCGGAGAAGUGCUUCUGGACAACAUAAACUUGAAGAGGUUCAAGCUAAAAUGGUUGAGAGAACAGAUGGGGUUAGUGAGUCAAGAGCCAAUUUUGUUCACAACUACCAUAAAAGAGAACAUAGCAUAUGGCAAGGAAAAUGCAACUGAUGAAGAGAUUAGAACAGCCAUGGAGCUUGCAAAUGCUGCCAAAUUCAUAGACAAACUUCCCAAGGGGCUUGAUACCAUGGCUGGGGAACAUGGGACACAGCUAUCAGGUGGACAAAAGCAAAGGAUUGCAAUUGCAAGGGCCAUUCUAAAGAACCCGAAAAUCCUCCUCCUUGAUGAAGCCACAAGCGCUUUGGACGCGGAGUCGGAACGGAUUGUGCAAGAAGCACUGGACCGGGUCAAGUCAAACCGAACGACCGUGGUCGUCGCGCACCGCCUGACCACUAUCCGGAACGCUGAUCUCAUCGCAGUCGUCCAAUCUGGCAAGCUUUUGGAGCAAGGAACUCAUGAUGAGUUGAUCAGAGACCAAAACGGGGCGUAUUCGCAGCUGGUGAGAAUGCAGCAAGGGAGGAAAGAAGAGGAUCAGAAGGCAAAGAAAAGGCCAACUUCUUCUUCUUCUGAUGCAGUAGAAAUCACAGAUUCAGAUGAUUUGGUGGUCCUCAGGUCAUCAAGCAGGAGAUCUUUAAGCCGUGUCUCAUCAAGGCACUCGUUCUCAAUCGACUACCCGGUUUCUGGCCUGAUCAACAUUCAAGAAUCUGAAUUUGGAAAUGCUGAUGAUGAUGAUGAUGAUGAUCAUGGAGGUCACCACCCAGCAGAGAAGAAGAUGGCAAUGGUGGGGAGGAAAAGAGUUCCCAUCACCUGCCUGGCCUCCCUGAACAAGCCCGAAUGGCCAUGUUUGUUGGUGGGAACAAUGGCUGCUGGAAUCCAUGGCUUGAUCUUCCCUGUUUUUGGGAUCCUCAUCUCCAAGGCAAUCAAGAUCUUCUUCGAACCCCAACCCGCGCUCCAGCGCGACUCCAGGUUCUGGGCUGGCAUGUACGUUUGCCUUGGAAUUGUUAGCCUUGUGGUCGCGCCGAUCCAGAACUUCUCCUUUGGAAUUGCUGGUGGGAAGUUGGUCAGGAGAAUCCGGUCGCUCACGUUCAAGAAACUCGUCUGCCAUGAAAUUGGCUGGUUUGAUGAACCUGCAAACUCAAGUGGAGCCGUUGGGGCGAGACUAUCGAGUGAUGCUUCGACUAUAAGGAGCCUUGUGGGGGACGCAUUGGCGUUGGUCGUGCAAAACAUGUGUACCGUCUUGGCGGGAGUUACUAUAGCUUUUGUCUCCAAUUGGAUCUUGGCACCUAUAGUCCUUGUUUUGCUGCCCUUAAUGGGAGUACAAGGUUUUUACCAGAACAGAUUCAACAAAGGAUUCAGUGCAGCUGCCAAGGUGAAGUACGAAGAAGCGAGUCAGGUAGCAAGCGAUGCGGUUGGCAGUAUAAGAACGGUGGCUUCGUUUUGCGCAGAGGAGAAGGUGAUGGCAAUGUAUGAGAGGAAAUGCGAAGGCCCCGUGAGGCACGGCGUGAGAGUGGGAAUUGUUAGCGGUUCGUGUUUGGGUGUCGGCGCGUUUCUGCUCUACCUUUCGUACGCCGUCUGUUUCCUCAUCGGAGCUGUUCUCAUCAAACACGGGUUCGCGACAUUUUCCAACCUUUUCAUGGUUUUUUUCGCAUUGACAAUGUCAGCUACUGGAGUUUCCCAGGCCACAGGAUUGGCACCAGACCUUAACAAGGCCAUGGACUCAGCAGCUUCUAUAUUUGACAUUCUUGACCGAAAGCCUCAGAUUGACUCGAGCAACGAGCUCGGCGAAACGCUACCGAGCGUGCGUGGCGAUAUCGAGCUCCGACACGUGAGCUUCAAAUACCCUACCCGUCCCGAUAUGCAAAUCUUCAAGAACUUAUGCCUAACCAUGCCUGCCGGAAAGACUUGUGCUCUUGUGGGAGAAAGCGGAAGCGGGAAAUCAACGGUGAUUAGUUUAGUCGAGAGGUUCUAUGAUCCGGAGAGCGGAGAAAUACUCUUGGAUGGGGUUUGCAUCAAGAAUCUCAAGCUAAGUUGGUUAAGGCAACAGAUGGGGCUGGUUAGCCAGGAACCAAUCCUCUUCAACGAGUCGAUCCGGGACAACAUAGCGUACGGGAAGCGAGGGGAGGCGAGCGAGGAGGAGAUCAUACGGGCGGCGAGGUCGUCCAACGCGCACGGCUUCAUUUCCUCGCUGCCCUACGGGUACGACACGCCCGUGGGGGAGCGCGGGGCCCAGCUAUCUGGGGGCCAGAAGCAGAGGAUCGCGAUCGCGAGGGCGGUCCUCAAGGACCCGAGGGUCCUCUUGCUGGACGAGGCCACGAGCGCUCUGGACACCGAGUCGGAGCACGUGGUCCAGGAGGUGCUGGACCGCGUGAUGGUUAACCGGACCACGGUCGUGGUCGCUCAUCGGCUAGUGACCAUCAAGGGCGCGGACAUGAUUGCGGUGGUCAAGAAUGGGAUGAUUGCGGAGAAGGGGAGACAUGAGGAGCUCAUGAGUAUUGUUGAUGGAGUUUAUGCCUCCUUAGUAUCACUCCACAUGCAAGCAAGUUAAUCUUGAUCACAUUUAAGUGUGUAUUAACUUGGUUUCAUGUUAAAUAAUAAUGUAUAACCAUUAUGACAUAACUUGAUUAAUUAAUUUCAGGUGAAGUGUAAUUAAGAAAGCAUAAAUUUGCUUUAAGAUUUUUUUUUUGUGCAAUAUUUUAAAUUUUGGGAUUUUGGUUUUUAUUAGAGCAAAUCAAUGAGUUCAAUGGGG